UAAAUUAUUUGACAAUACAAUUGUAUUGAUUAUUCAAUAUGUAUGAAAAUACUAUAGAUCAUAUCAAAUUCGGAGAAAUGCUGAAUUAUACAUUAUCGAUUAUAUAAUUCAAGUAGUCAGACGUACCUAUAUAAAUGGUAAAUACUAGAAAUCGAAACACAGUCUACUCUUAUUGUUUAACGGUGAGUUCUCGAUUCAAAUUUGUUAAAUAAUACAUUUGAAGCGAAAAAGUUGCAAUCAUGGCUAGGGCGUUGAUGUUAUUGUCUGUGAUUUUCGUCAGCGUUUAUGUGACGGAACAAGCAUACUUUUUGCAGAAAGAUUUCAUUGACAAUAUCAAUAACCAUGCAACUACAUGGAAGGCAGGUGUAAACUUCGACCCAAAUACACCAAAGGAAUAUUUUUUAAAAAUGUUGGGAUCAAAAGGAGUACAAAUUCCAGACAAACAUAAUAUUCACAUGUACAAAACCCACGAUGCAGCUUACGAUAACUUAUUCGGCCGAAUUCCAAAACACUUUGACGCUAGGAAAAAAUGGAAACGUUGUCACACGAUCGGAAAAGUUCGUGACCAAGGGAAUUGUGGAUCGUGUUGGGCAAUGGCUACGAGCUCGGCUUUUGCUGACCGUUUAUGUGUAGCUACAAAUGCAGAUUUCAAUGAACUGUUAUCCGCCGAAGAAAUCACUUUCUGUUGUAGUUCAUGUGGUUACGGAUGUAAUGGCGGUUAUCCGAUUAAAGCGUGGGAAAGUUUUAAUAAUCGUGGUCUAGUAACCGGAGGAGACUACCAGUCUGGAGAGGGUUGUGAACCAUACAGAGUCCCUCCUUGCCCUUAUGACGCUGAAGGACACAAUACAUGCGCAGGUAAACCAAGGGAAAAGAAUCACAGAUGCACGAGGACGUGCUACGGAAAUCAGGACCUCGACUACAACGACGAUCACAGAUUUACACGUGACUCCUACUACCUAACGUACAGCAGCAUCCAAAAGGACGUUAUGAGAUACGGACCGAUUGAAGCAUCGUUCGAUAUGUACGACGAUUUCCCCAGUUACAAGUCAGGUGUUUACGUGAGAUCGGAAAAUGCUUCAUACUUGGGAGGACAUGCCGUUAAAUUGAUCGGUUGGGGUGAAGAACACGGAGUGCUAUACUGGUUAAUGGUCAACUCGUGGAACGAAGGUUGGGGUGACAACGGUCUUUUCAAAAUUCGACGAGGCACAAACGAAUGUGGUAUCGAUAAUUCUACUACUGGUGGUGUACCAGUGGCUAAUUAAGCAUAUUAUUUUUAUUUAUUGAUAGUUAUUUUAAUAGUUUAUAUUUUAUUAGUUUUGAAAUAAAAAAAUGCUGUCAUGUUUUUCAUGUUUAAAUAAAAUCAGUUCUAGUUAUCUAACAUACUGUUCUCAUUUGAUUUAUUUUGUUUUCAUGAGAUUAUAUAGCAACAUAAUCUUUAUAAUUGAUUAAAAUAAAUAUUUCUUUGUGUGUUUGACGUGCUAGAUCCAUUGUUCACUUUAAUACAUAAUAUAUAACAAUGAAUUAAUUAUGGUCAAUAGACAAUGAAAGUAACUUAAACUUAGUAAUUAGGUACCAUAAAUGUUUGCCAAACAUUGUUUGGUUUAUGAUACUUAAACCUUGGUGAAUAUUCAUCAUCAUUAUCAUCGCUAGAUAAGCUAUAGGU